GACUAAAUUUAGUACCAAUUGAUGACAAUUUGAAAGCAACUAAAAGAUCGUUAAUAACACUAUUGUUUGCAUUCAUUGCAUUUGUUAUGAAAAUAAUAUUACAUUUAUUGUAAUACAAACUAUUGUCUUAUUAAUAGUAAUAUUAAUUAAUUGAUUUGUAAUAAUAAUAAUAAAACAUUUGGACAUAAGUUAAGACCAAAAAAUGAAAAGCAGAAGAAUUGACAGAAAAAAUGCCAGAAAAGAGAAGAAACAGAAAAGACAUUCUCAUUAUUUAAAGAAGAAAUACGAUAUAAAUAUUAAUAUUAGUGACAAUUGUGAACAAUUAAGUGAUGUCAAGACAUUGACAAAGAAUAGACAAAAUAAUGAUAAGAAAGAGAAAGAAGUGAAAGAAAUGAAGACAAAUUUGAAAGUGAAGAACAAAGAGACAAAUAUACCAAAAAUGACUUUUAUUCAGAAGAAAGAGAUUGAAAAAGAAGAGCGAGAAAUAAAAAGAUUAGAAAAGAAAUUGAAAUUAAAUAGAAGAAGAAAGAAGAAGAAUACCAAUGAAAAGACAGUGACAUCACUGCCAAAGUCGUUCAAAACUGAAGGUUUGGAUUAUAUUCUUGAAGUAAUUGAUUCAUAUAAACAACAAGAGAGUAAUGAUGAGUUGGACUUAAACGACAAGAAAAGCCAUAAAAUAAGUAAUGAUAAUAUCUUAAGCGAUGAAUCAGACAUUAGUGAGGAAAGUGAUGACGAAGACAAUGAAGAUGAAUAUAGUGAUAAUGAAGAAGAAGAAGAAGACACAGACAAUGACUUAGUGUCAAAUGUCAGCGACGAUUUGAUAAGUGAGAUAAAUAGUGAUAAUGAAUUGCAAUCAGAAGAGAUUCAAGUGAUGACAAAAUUAAAAAAGAAAACUAAGAAGAAAAAUGAUAAUGAAUUGAAAGAAGAUAUCUAUGGGUUUCUUAGAGAUAGCAAAGGAAAUAUUAUAAAACCAGAAAAAAGUGUCAAAAAAACUAUUGAAAAUUCUUGCGUAUCAAUUGAUAAUCAAUUAAUGAGACAAAUGAGAGGUGCACUCAACAGAUUGACUGUUAAUAAUGUGCUAACAAUUAGUUCACAAAUUAAAGAUUUUUAUCAACAAUUUAGUCGUCACGAUGUCAAUGAAGCACUUGUAUUGUGUAUCAAGAGUUCAAUCAUUGAUUUGGAGUACAAUUCAUCACAAAAACUGACGACUGAAAUAUCAAUAUUAGUAUCGAUUUUGUAUUUUCUUAGUGGCGAUGAAGUCGGUGGACAUGUUAUCCAUAGUUUAAUAGUUAAAUUCGAUGAAUUGUUUCACCAAAUCAAUACCAAUGACACGAAAAUAAUGGAUAAUUUACUUUUACUUAUAUCUAAUCUAUAUCUUUGUGGUUUAAUUGACUCAUUACUUAUAUAUGAAAUAAUGAUGAAAUUAUGUGACAAUUUUAAUGAGAAAUGCAUUGAAUUAAUUAAUCAGAUCUUAAAAGCCAUCGGAUUUACUCUUCGUAAAGAUAAUGCCAUUAAAAUGAAAGAAUUGAUUCUUCAAAUACAGAAUUUAGCUAAAAAUGUUGAUAAAAGUAGUUUAAGUGGACAUCGGAUUGAAUUUCUAUUGGAAUCUUUGAUUGCCAUUAAAAACAAUAAUAUGACAAAAUUCAGAGGAUAUGGAACUGUAGUUGAUUUACAACUCAUAGAAAAUACAUUGAAGAGUACCAUCAAAAAGAUAAGAGUCAACAACAUUAUUGGUACAUAUGAUGCCAUUCUUCAAAGUUCUCACUGGUAUUCAUAUACUAUUAAUUUUGAAUCGACUAAUUCAUUGAACAAUAAUAAGAAACAAACAAAUUUCUUAGACAACAAUAAAAGCGUUUCAAAUGAAUUAAAUGAUAGACUUGUGAGAGCUUUGCGAUUGAAUACUCCUUUGAGAAAAACAAUAGUAAUGUGUUUGACUUCUGCUAAUGACUUCAUUGAUGCCACUCAUCGAUUGAUAUCAACGACCAAAAAGCAGUUUUCAGAAGUGACUAAUGUAUUGAUUCACAUAUCCAUUCAUGAGAAGCAUUUUAAUCCAUUUUACUCCCAUUUAUUACAACACUUAGGCAAAUGUGACCGAAAAUAUAAAUUAGCCCUAGACUUUGCCAUUCGCGACAAGAUUUCUGAAUUACAAUCUUUACAAACGAACCAACAGUUUGUUUUGUCACAACUAGUCUUAGAUUUACUGAAGUUGAACGCACUAUCCAUUACUUGCUUAAAGGUGGUCCACUUCACUGAUAUGAAUGAAACGUUAGUCCUAUUUAUGAAAAACAUUUUAUUGCCGAUUCUUGAAAGCGAAGAACUUAUACAACAAAUUCUUUCAAAAAUUGCAAACAAAGAUUCGUUUGCGACGGCUAUUCGUCUUUUUAUUGAUUGCUUUAUUGAUCAAAAAUAUCGCACAAAAUUGGAUUUAAAGCGUUUUCAAAUCAAAUUAUCAUAAAUUUGUAACUAAAUUAU